AUGGCGUCUUCCAACCAUGUUACCCCCACCAACUGCAGCUGGUGGCCCAUCUCAGCCAUGGAGGAGGACGGCAAAGCUGCGGACGGAGAGGAGAACGAAGAGCCGGUACAGGAGCCCAAACCCUACAGCAAAGACCGACUCGUUCUCUACCACUGGACGCAAUCUUUCGCCUCGCAGAAGUCCCUUCAGGUGCGUUUGGUGAUCUGUGAGAAGGGCCUGGUGUGUGAAGAGCGUGAUGUGAGCCUCCCUCUGCAGGAGCACAAAGAGCCCUGGUUCAUGAGACUGAACCUGGGAGAAGAGGUCCCUGUGUUUCUGCAUGGAGACACCAUCAUCAGCGAAUACAGCCACAUCAUUGACUACCUGGAGAACAACUUCACUGGAGACUCCGUGGCUCAGUUGAUUCCAGACCCCUCCUCUCCUCUGUAUGAGCGGGUGCAGCAGUACAGGACUCUGUUGGAUGGGUUGCCCAUGGACGCGUACACUCACGGCUGUAUCCUGCACCCAGAGCUUACCACUGACUCCAUGAUCCCCAAGUACGCCACAGCUGAGAUACGCAGACAUUUGGCCAAUGCUGCGACAGAACUGAUGAAGUUGGACCAUGAGGAGCCUCAGCUCACAGAGCCCUACCUGUCCAAGCAGAAGAAACUCAUGGCCAAAAUCUUAGACCAUGAUAACGUGAACUACCUGAAGAAAAUCCUGGGUGAGUUAGCCAUGGUUUUAGACCAAGUGGAAGCUGAGCUGGAGAAACGGAAAAUAGAAUAUCAAGAUGAGAAGUGUGAGCUGUGGCUAUGUGGACCUGAUUUUACAUUAGCUGAUAUUUGCCUGGGUGCCUUGUUGCACCGGCUCAAAUUUUUGGGACUCUCUAAGAAAUACUGGGAGGACGGCAGCAGACCCAACCUGCAGAUGUUCUUUCUGCGGGUGCAAAAACGUUACGCCUUUCGCAAAGUCCUGGGAGACAUCCACACCACGCUACUGUCCGCUGUGCUGCCCAACGCCUUCCGCAUGGUCAAGAAGAAACCGCCAUCUUUCUUUGGGGCAUCCUUCCUCAUGGGGUCACUAGGGGGCAUGGGCUACUUCGCUUACUGGUUUUUAAAAAAGAAGUACAUGUAGUGAACAGCCAAUCAUCGUGUUACAUGUCUGUGCAUUUUGUGAUGUUUCAAUCUGAUUUUUUUCUCUGUAACGUUUUAUGAAGACUGCAGGAGAAAACCUGACUCCAUCUAUAUAGAGGACACUAUGACUAUA